GCUGGAGGGAGGGCGUGCGGGCCCGGGCUCAGAGAGGGUGUGCGGGCCGGGAGAGGAACAGAGAGAGCUGUCGCCGACCUGGUCCGAUGUGUCGGGGAGAAGGCGGGUCUGUGCGUGCCUGUGACUGCUGGGCCGAGAUCCGGCUUCGGCCGUCUCUGCGUGUGUGUGUCUGGGUGGCCCCUGUGUCCUUGCCUUUUCGUGUGAGUGUGUGUGCCUCUCUGUCUUGUUCUCUGUGGUGUCUCUGUGGCAGGUGUCUCUCUGGGUGUCCACCUGUGUCUGGUCUUUGCCUGUCUCUUGCGGGUAUCUCUGGGUGACUGACUGUGUCUGUGUCUCUGGUUGUGUGUGUGUGUGUCUGCCUUUAUUUCCAUCCUUGGUGUCAGGGUGAGGGUGCCUUCCGGGUGUCCACCUGUGUGUAGUCUUUCCUCUGUGUGUCUCUGUCUCUGGGUGUGAGUGUGUUUGUGAGCGUGGGGGUGUAUCUCUCCCAGGGUCCACCCCAGUCCGUGUCUUUACCUGUCUCUGUGUGUCCACCUGUGUCUCUCUCUUCGCGUGUUAUUGGGUGUUUGUGUGACUGUGUGUGGGUGCGUCUGGGUGUGCCCCUCCCAAACAUGUGUGAAAGACUGUGUACACCUGGACAGGUGGGCCCAGCAGAGCUGCCUGCCAUCCUGCCCGCGUGGGUCCUAGUGUGGGACCCCCAGCCCCCAGCCCCUUCCUCCCCUCACAGCUUUCCCUGGCCCAUAGAAGCCUCUAGAGGGGCUGGGGGCCUGGAAGGGCAGGAAGUGUGUGGUGACAGGAUGUGGGGCUGGGGGUUGUUUCUUCUCUCGCCUCGCACAGAGCCUUCUUAAAGUGGGGGUCAGCGUCCCCUGAAGGGUCACUGUCCCCUACCCUUCCUGACCAGGGCUUGGUUUGUUUAGACAGUGUGUAUUGGGUGCCCGAAGCACUAUUCGGUGCACUUUGCUGGGACAACCUCAUUUAUAGGCCUCCAUUUAUAGUAACUCCAAGGUAGGCCCCCCUCGUCCUCAUUUUAUAGUUGGGGAAACUGAGGCUCAGAGUCCUUAAGUGAAUCAUCCAACUCCACACCCAGGCAUCCCGGUUCCAGAACCCUCACCCUUGACCACCAGACAAACGGGAAAUCUUUUUUCCUUUCCGCUCUCUGAGGUAAAGCUGCAGGAUUGUUUCCCCGUGGCAAUCUCAAGUUAGAAACAAUGGAAGGAAGGAAAUGCCAGGAAGCUCAGGGGAGGAAGAGAAAUGAGGAAGCCACUGGCUUUGCAGCCACACAGAUCGCAGGCCACACCGGGUUCAGCUGUCACAUGUGCACAUGUCCAGCCCCGUGCACAUGUCACUCUCCGGACUGUGGUGACUUCGUUGCCUUCAUGGGCUCCUUUUUCCAUUAAAAAAAAAUAGUUUGCGAUUGUAUUGCUGUAAAGACAAAUGUAACCCAGGGUGGUUUAGGGUCACCUUUUUUUCUUAUGAUUUUAGAAGAAAUUAAGACAUUCUCUUGGGCCACUAAGGUACCAGGGGCCGUGGGCUCCCUCUGCCUCCUGAGUUAGUCGGCUCUGGUGGCAUCCACGUCUGGCCAGAGGAGCCAUUGUCGCUGGCCUCCCAGUGCAGGGAGAAGAGUCAGAGACGGUUAGUCCAGAAAGAAUACACUUUUUUAGAUUAAAUUCUGUUUAAAAAAGUGUGACAGUAAUCUGAAGUCACUGCACCCAGGGAAACAAAAGAAUACAAAGGGAAAACAUUAAUAAGUCCCCCUUCGCAUUCCCACUGCGUGCCCUCCAGACACCAGCUGGUGUCCCUCAUUCCACCAUUCCACGGCCUUCCCCAGGCCUGGACACACGCGCAGAGCACCCCCCCGCCCCCCCACGUGUGUUGGGUUGUUUUCCCACAGAGGGUGAAAGGUAUGUGUGAAGCUGGGCAACUUGCUUUUCUUACUUACCUACGUGAUGUAUCUGUGACGUCAGACUAACUCCUGCUUUCUAGAGGCGGCCUGAAAUUUCCUAGAAUGGGUGCCUGCCAUUUAUGUGACUGUGCCUUUGCUGUUGGGUACUUACUUUGUUUCCAGGUUUUUUAUGAUUGUUGGUUGGUUCAUUUUUGCCUCUUGGAACAGUGUUACAAUAAGCAUCUUUUUUCCAUGUAUAACGUUUUACGUGGAGCUUUGGUUGCUCCGGGCAGAGUCCUGGGAACAGGGUGGCUGGGUUAUGGGCUUUGCAUAUUGUCAGCCCACUUUCUAGAAAGGUUGAGGGACGCUUGUCCCUUCAGCUGUGUGUGGAGCCCCUGUCCUUGUGUCCUGGCCAGUGCUAGAAGUUGGCUUGUUUAUUCAUUCAUCUCGCUGUUUGGGCGCCUCCCGUGUGCCAGACAUUGUCCCAGAUGCCAGAGACACAAUCCAAAAACAUUGUCUCUGCUCCUCCGAGGCUUCUAUUCUGGUGGAGGGAAGACAGAUGACAAACUUGAAAACAUCUUUGUAAAAAGACAGUUGUCGAUAAUGAGGUGUGCUGCAGGAAGAUAGGGGGUGGGGGUGGGGGCCAGGUGCUGCCCUUACUCAGGAGCCUGGAGGUGGGAGAUUUCUCCAAGGAGGUGACAUCUGAGCUGACAUGUGAAGGAGCCAGCCAUGGGAAGAGGUUUCCUGGCAGGGGGAACAGCAGCUUGGUUUAGAAGAGCACUCUGUGUGACUGCUGUAAAUGGAAGCUGGGCAUCGCUGUAAAAAAGGAGACAAGCAGUAAAACAAAUGGAAAUAAAGCCAGCCUGCCCGUCCCCCGGUCACCGUGGGCAGUGGAGGGAUGGCCGCCCAGCUGCUGACUGACGAGGCCCUGGAAUCAGUGACGUUGAGGGAUGUGACUGUGGACUUCACCCAGGAGGAGUGGCAGCAGCUGGAGCCUGCCCAGAAGGACCUGUACAGAGAUGUGAUGCUGGAGAACUACAGGAACCUAGUCUCACUGGACUUGGAGACUAGACCUGAAAUGAAAGAAUCGGAUCCGAGGGAGGACGUUCUGGAAGACAGACCGGCCGUCGGGGUGGUCGCGGAAGGACCUCCGAGGAAUGGUGGCUGGGGUUCCGCCUGUGAAGGAGUGUGGACACUGGGUGACCGGGCGGAGGGGCAGCAGAGACACGCAGGGGACUGUCUGGGGCACUUGGGAUCUUCCUGGGAGUCAGCCCCCCAAUGCCGUGAGUUCAAGGCCCUCAUCAGCCAAAGCUCCACCCUGAUCCCCCCGGGACCCGGCGAUCCAGGAGAAGCGGGGGUCGGUGCGUUUGCCAUGCGUGGAAAGGACUUCUCGGGCGACACGGCCCUCAGCCCUCCCCCCAGGACCUAUGACUGCGGGGAGUGCGGCAAGGCCUUCCGCCGCAGCUCGUCGCUCGUGAAGCACCAGAGGAUCCACAGCGGGGAGAAGCCCUUCGAGUGCCCCGUGUGCGGGAAGCACUUCGUCGAGCGCUCGUCCCUCACCAUCCACCAGCGGGUGCACACCGGCGAGAAGCCGUACGGCUGCGGGGACUGCGGCAAGGCCUUCAGCCAGCGCAUGAACCUCGUGGUGCACCAGCGCACGCACACGGGCGAGAAGCCGUACGCCUGCGCCGUGUGCGGGAAGGCCUUCCGCAAGACCUCCUCCCUCGCGCAGCACGAGCGGGUGCACACCGGGGAGAAGCCGUACGCGUGCGGGGACUGCGGCAAGGCCUUCAGCCAGAACAUGCACCUCGUCGUGCACCAGCGCACACACACCGGCGAGAAGCCGUACGUGUGCGGGGACUGCGGGCGCGCCUUCAGCCAGAACAUGCACCUGACGGAGCACCAGAGGACGCACACCGGCGAGAAGCCGUACUCGUGCAAGGAGUGCGGCAAGGCCUUCAACAAGAGCUCCUCGCUCACGCUGCACCAGCGGAACCACACCGGGGAGAAGCCGUACGUGUGCAACGAGUGCGGCAAGGCCUUCAGCCAGAGCUCCUACCUCAUCCAGCACCAGCGCUUCCACAUCGGCGUGAAGCCCUUCGAGUGCAACGAGUGCGGCAAGGCCUUCAGCAAGAACUCGUCGCUCACGCAGCACCAGCGCAUCCACACGGGCGAGAAGCCCUACGAGUGCUACAUCUGCAAGAAGCACUUCACGGGGCGCUCGUCCCUCGUCGUGCACCAGACCGGCCACACGGGCGAGCGGCCGUACCGCUGCGGCGAGUGCGGCAAGGCCUUCGGUCAGAGCGCGUACCUCAUCGAGCACCAGCGCAUCCACACCGGCGAGAAGCCCUACAGGUGCGGCCAGUGCGGCAAGGCCUUCAUCAAGAACUCGUCGCUCACCGUCCACCGCAGGAUCCACACCGGCGAGAAGCCCUACCGCUGCGGCGAGUGCGGCAAGACCUUCAGCCGCAACACCAACCUCACGCGGCACCUGAGGAUCCACACCUAGGGGCGCGGGCCUCGCGGUCUGCCCCCGGGGGGCCCUUAGUCCGGGCGGCCAGAGCGAGCUUCUCGUGCUGGAGCCCACGGGCAGCACAGUCGGAGGAGUCCCGCCCCAGUCGCGCUUUGCGGACGUGGGGGCCGUGGACAGGCGCUGCUCACACCGCCCCCUCCUCACGCGGCGUCCGCACGUCCCCAGUGGGAAGCGAGUCCCGACAGGUCUAAUGUAUUUGGGGACACGGUGGGGCUCAUGGUGGCUGGUAACUCACGGGAGCUCCAGGGACGCAGGGCGUCAGGGCUCCGGACCCAGCUCGGAGGACGUGGUGGUAAGAGCUUGGAGAAAGCGCUUAGUGGCUCUGGGUCUCCCUUCCCUCCAUGUGAAGUGGGGGUGGGGAGAGGCGGAGGGGGACUUGAUAACUGACCAUGGGGACGUUUCUCCCUUUGUCACACACACCCUCCAUCUGGUCCAGAUGGCAGGUUGUCACCUUCUGUGAGUUUCCUUGAGGAGGUAAGAGCUAGGGGGCCCCUCUCGCCUUCCCGCGUCCCAGCCCCGGGCAGUCUCCCCACAGUACCUGCCAGAAGCCCCCAAGCUGAUAAGCCGUGGGAGUCGGCACAUGGUUAUGAGGAGAAGAAACUUUUUUUCAGAGUUAGCAAAUAACAGUAACUGCUUCAGAUGCCAAAGUUUCUCAUUGUGGUCUGUUAAAUUUUUUAAAAAUAAAACUUUUAAUUAAGGGAG